UAAAUACGCCACCACCGUCUUUCUUUCUCAUUCCUCAAUCACAUUAAUUUAUGUCACUCCAAAUGGCUACUUCUUCUACUCUCUCAAGCAAACCGCGGUUUGAUUCUUUCAUCUUCCCCAGAACAGAGUCUUCCGAUGUUCUUUUGCCUGUGAGUGUAGCUGUGAGUAGGAAGAAUUUGAGACGGAAUGGGUUUCGUGGAGUUGGAGUUGUGCGUUCGUGCAGUGAAUUAGUGGUAGCCGUUGAUGAUCCAAAAGUGGAGGGAGGGCGUGAGAAGAAGAGAGAGAACGGGAGGGUUUUGAGAGUUGGGUUAAUCUGUGGAGGGCCAUCUGCUGAGCGUGGGAUUUCUCUUAAUUCUGCGAGAUCGGUGCUUGAUCAUAUUCAGGGGGAUGACUUGCAUGUAAGCUGCUAUUAUAUUGAUCCCAAUCUCAACGCAUAUGCAAUAUCCUCUGCCCAGGUUUAUUCAAAUACUCCUGCCGAUUUUGAUUUCAAACUUGAAAGCCUGGCACAAGGUUUCCAGACUCUGACCGACUUUGCAGAACACCUAGCUGCUACUGUGGACAUAGUUUUCCCUGCUAUACAUGGUCGUUUUGGUGAGGAUGGUGGCAUUCAGGAGCUUCUUGAAAAAUCGAAUGUUCCAUUUGUUGGCACAAGAUCAAACGAAUGUCGUCAAGCAUUUGACAAGUAUGAUGCCUCCUUGGAGCUUAAGAAACAAGGAUUCAUAACAGUGCCCAACUUUGUACUACAGGGUAGUGAAUUGGAUGAAUUUGGUUUGUCGAGAUGGUUUUUCGACAAUCAACUGGAUGCUAACUCAGGGAAAGUUGUGGUGAAACCAACAAGAGCAGGAUCAAGUAUCGGAGUUACAGUUGCCUAUGGUGUGACUGAUUCCUUAAUGAAAGUUAGAGAAAUUAUUUCUGAGGGAAUUGACGAUAAGGUCAUUGUUGAAAUUUUUCUUGGAGGAGGUAGAGAGUUCACAGCAAUUGUUCUUGAUGUUGGUUCUAGUUUUGACUGUCAACCAGUUGUAUUCCUGCCAACGGAGGUGGAACUUCAGUCUAGCAAUAGUGAUGAUAUAAGUGAGAGGGAUGCAAUAUUUAACUACCGGCGGAAGUAUCUUCCUACUCAGCAGGUUGUUUAUCACACUCCACCUCGUUUUCCGUUAGAUGUAAUUCAGAAAAUUCAAGAAGGGGCAUCUAUAUUAUUUAAAAGGCUUGGUUUACGGGAUUUUGCCAGAAUUGAUGGUUGGUUUUUGCCGCCUUCUUCUAGUACAUCAUCAUCAAAAGCAAAUGACUUUGGGAGGACUGAAUCAGGAAUCGUCAUCUUUACUGAUAUCAACUUGAUUAGUGGAAUGGAGCAAACAAGUUUCCUGUUUCAGCAAGCUUCAAAGGUUGGCUUCUCCCACUCAAAUAUCCUCAGAACCAUUAUCCAACGUGCUUGCUUGCGGUUCCCCAGCCUUUCAUCAUAUUGUGGUGAAUCAAUCCCAUCACCUAGAAGAUCAAAGUCUUCAAAGCUUGGUGAACCAGUCCCCGAACAUCAAGGUUAUCGCAAAGUCUUUGUCAUAUUUGGUGGUGACACAUCCGAACGCCAAGUAUCUCUUAUGAGUGGGACUAAUGUUUGGCUCAAUCUUCAAGUAUCUGGUGAUCUUGAAGUAACUCCUUGUUUACUUGCUCCUGGUAAUGAUGCUUCAUCUGAGGUCAACGAUGUUCACAACCAAAAGGGUGUCAGCUCGAGGACAGUGUUGUCAUUACCUUACUCUCUUGUGCUAAGACAUACCACAGAAGAAGUUCUUGAUGCUUGCACAGAAGCACUUGAACCUGCCCGUGCUGCUUUGACUUCUCACUUGAGGAAGCAAGUGAUGGACGAUCUUGCCAAUGGUUUGAAGAAACACAAUUGGUUCACUGGUUUUGAUAUAUCUGAUGAACCACCUAUGAAAUUCACACUAGAAAAAUGGAUAAAGCUAGCCAAGGAUGUUCAAGCAACGGUUUUCAUCGCAGUGCAUGGAGGCAUAGGUGAAGAUGGUACGCUUCAGUCGAUGCUGGAGGCUGAAGGAGUACCUUAUACAGGUCCUGGAUUUUCGGCUUCAAGGACAUGUAUGGAUAAAGUUGCAACAUCUCUUGCUCUUAAACAUCUUACAAACUUCGGGAUUCUGACUAUUAAUAAGGACGUGAGGCGAAAAGAUGAUCUUCUGAAUGCCGCUACAUCAGACAUUUGGCAUGAAGUGAUAUCAAAGCUCCAAUGUGAGACCUUAUGUAUCAAACCAGCAAGAGAUGGAUGCUCAACCGGAGUGGCAAGACUCUGCUGUGCAGAGGACCUUGGCGUUUAUGUAAAAGCAUUGGAGGACUGCCUUCCUCGGAUUCCUUCAAAUAGCUUGGCAAAGGCUCAUGGGUUAAUUGAAAUGCCAGUUCCUCCACCGGAGUUUUUAAUCUUUGAACCUUUCAUUGAAACGGAUGAUAUCACUAUUGUAUCCAAAUCAACAAAUGAAAACGAACGUCUCUUGUGGGAAGGGCGUAGUAGAUGGGUUGAAAUAACUGUUGGCGUCAUAGGUAAACGAGGUUCCAUGCGCUCUUUAAUGCCUAGUGUCACCGUUAAAGAAAGUGGGGACAUACUAUCUCUCGAAGAGAAAUUUCAAGGUGGAACAGGGAUUAAUCUUACCCCACCCCCAUUGUCAAUAAUGAGUUCUGAGGCGUUGAUGAGAUGCAAAGAACGCAUUGAGCUUAUUGCUAACACUCUGGAGCUUGAAGGAUUUUCUCGUAUUGAUGCAUUUGUUAAUGUCGAUAGUGGCGAGGUUUUAGUCAUCGAAGUCAAUACUGUGCCCGGGAUGACUCCUUCAACUGUAUUGAUUCAUCAGGCACUUGCGGAGGAACCGCCCGUGUACCCGCAUCGGUUCUUUCGUACCGUUUUGGAUUUGGGUUCAGAAAGAUUCAUGUAAAACUUGUUUUUGUAUUGUACAUGUAGUCCUUGUGAAAUACUGCAACUUUUAUUUGAAUCUGUCAUAAGCAUCGAAUAAAUUAAUUAAUUAAUGUUUUGUAUAUUUAUUUUAAUAUUUUUGCAUAAUUCUGGUAUGAUAUGUGAUCGUUAGCGACC